AGGCUUCAGGAUUCCAACAAGAAAGUGAACCAGUGGGCACUGGAGUCCCUUGCCAAGAUGAUCCCCCUCCUCAAAGAAAGCUUGCACCCCAUGCUGCUCUCCAUCAUCGUUGCUGUUGCAGACAACCUCAACUCCAAGAACCCGGGGAUUUACGCCGCCGCGGUGACCGUGCUGGACGCCAUGAUUGAGAAUCUGGACAACCUCUGCCUCCUACAAGCAUUUGCUGGGCGGGUGCGUUUCCUGAGUGGCCGCGCGGUGCUCGAUGUUGUAGAACGUCUGUCUGUACUGGUGGCCUCCGUGUACCCCCAGAAGCCCCAGGCUGUGGAACGCCAUGUCCCGCCAGUCCUCUGGGGUUUCCUGAGCAGCAUGACCGGGAACAGUGUCCUGCCGGGGCUCAGCGGGAACGUCCGCACGGUGGUGCGCCAGCUGUCCAGGAGCCUUCAGGAGCAGAUGGGCUCCCGGCUGCAGGACCUGGCCGCUGGCCAGCCACAGCAGGUCCUCAGAACGCUCCAGGAACUCUUAGACGCAGCAUCCCCGUGAGGCAGCCCCAGCCAACGUCACCGACAGAGGGAUGGCCUCGGACAGCAAGACAACUGGCAGCUCAUGCCCCUUUCAACUGGGUUAGAGACCGAUCUGAAAUGGGCAGUCGUUAUCUUUUAACCUUAUUUUAUUUUUAUGAUGGAAUCCUCUCCCGGUCUACUUUCUCUUAGAGCUCCAGAUGUACAUAGUAUA